GCAAUAUUUCCCGAUCGCUACUACUCUGCCCUAAUUCUUUUUCUCCUCUUCUCCAUCAACUUGUUGGCGGCGGCAGCGCAACCAUCUGCAUCCUUUUCCGGUCGCGAUCUCCAGCAGGUAAAGUGCAUUUCUUCCCCUCUCUUUUUUCCCAAGCUUACUAGGGCGUAAGGCGGCGGCCGCUACUGGGUCGCGCCGGCUUUUCUUGCACAGCACGCGUGGGUUGUCGGAGUAAUGCCUUGCUGGCCCUCUGCCGACCAUUAAAGGCAUCUUCUGGCCUCCUAUAUGCCGCUAUCGGGCCUCGAUGGCCGCUGGUGGCCUUGGCGACGAAAGAAGAAGGAGGCCUACCAGGAAGUCGUCAAGCAAGAGAAUCGAGAGAAAGAAGCAAUGAAGCUACUGGAAAAAGAGCAGAUGCAGAAGACCGCCAUGGAGUUGCUGGAACAAUAUUUGCAGUUUCAACAGGAAGUUGAAAAAGAGGGCAAGAAAGUAAGGAAAGAGAAGGAUGCUUUGAAGCAAAACAUCCGAUGUCAGCUUUCUUCUUGUUCUCGAAAGAACGCCGUGAAGCUCUGCUACAAGAGAAGGAAACCAUCCUUGAGAUCUCAAAGAUAGCAGGAGAGGAGUGGAAGAACAUGGCAGAAGAGCAGAAAGCUCCCUAUGAGGAGGAGCAAAAUGGAAUAUUUUCGUGUGCAUCUUCAAUUUGAAUAAUUUUUAUGUUUCUCUCUGUUCUCAAGCAUAUGUCAAAUUUCUCAGAUUGCUAAGACUCUGAAGGAAAAUUACAACCAAGAAAUUAAACUUUAUAAGCAAAAGAAGAUUGAGGAAGCUACUACUUUAGAGAAGGAAGAGGAGGAGCACAUCAAAAUCCGGAAGAAAGAAGCCCUUCAGCUGCUUAAGAAGAAGGAGAAAACAGAUAGCAUGAUCAAGGAAAAGAAGCACGGAAGGCGAUCGAAGCUCCUGAGACGUGACGAUAUGUAUUUUAUUUUCCUUUGGAUGCCUUGUUGCAUUUGUUGUUUGGAUUAUGAUAGAACUUUCAUGUUUGGAUAUUAUGAUUUGUUGAACUUGUUUGGAUUUUGGUUAUUUGUAUAUAUGAAUAUGAUGUGCUAGUUUUGGGAUGAUUUGUUUGGAUAUAAGAUAUAUGGAUGUGUUGGAUA